AUGACGACGACGACGACGAUUCAGACGACGACGACAAAAGCGAGAGACAGACAGUUUGCGUCCAAGUUCCUGCCUCGUUCGUGGAUGAACGACAUCAUAAAAAAGGAUUCCCUGGACGAGGAGGGGAAAAUAAAAAAUUCGGUGAGGACGACGAGAGAGGAAGAUGAUGAUGAUGAUGAUGACGUGAACGACACGGACAGCGACGAGGGUAACAUCAUCAUAAAAAACGAGAGAGUAGGAGGAGGAACGACUGCGACGACGGCAACAUCAAAGUUAAAACAGAAAUUGAGAGAGAGUAGGAAAAAAGAGACGAGAAAAGUCGAGUUCAUGCAAAAAAUAAUCGAGGAACAGAAACUGCUGUUGAUGGAUGAACAGGCGCGCUCGAAUCAGUUUGAACAGCAAGUGAAACUUUUACAGAAAUCAGUGAAACUGCUAGAGAAAGAGUGCGACAGUUUGAGCGUGAAAAUGUCCGAAAUGUUCGAGAAGAACGCAGAAAAGGCACAUUUGAACGAGAGAAUACGACAAGCCGAACGAGCGGCGAUGGUAUCGGCGAGGGAGACCAAACGCGUCGUCGAAGAGAACAGAGAAUCGCAUCACGUCAUUCGCGAACAAAAUAAACGGAUUAGUAAGUUAGAAAAACGAUUAGAAGAGCAGGUGAAAAAGUUAGAGGUUUCAAAGAAAGCGAACGAGUUGAUGCGAGCUGGUCGUAAGAAUAAUAAUAUUGACGCGAAACCGAAAACGUCUCCAACGAAACAAUUAGCACCCGAAGAGAUCGAUUGGGAAGCUGCGUACAAAGAAAUAGACGAGCUAAGAGAGGCAAAAAGGACGCACGCGCGAUGA